AUGUUAAAGAAAGGUUCGAGAAGAGCAGGCUCGUCAAGAGGAGGGCGGAUUUUCUCUGAAGAGAAUAGCGUGCAUAAAUUUAGCAGAAUCAAGAACACAAACCUUCUUAAUGACGACGAUGGCAUUUUCAAUGCAAGAAAUAGCCCAGAUCAAAUUUUUAAUAAUUCCAACUUGAGUCCGCCUUAUAAUGAUCCUUCUUCUGCCUCUCCAAUGGAAAAGUCUCCAUGGUCCUCUCAGAGGAACAUCAACAUUGCUUUUGAAGACAAUGGUGACGAUUUAUCUCCUAAUGUGCUGAUGGGGUCAUUAGUACGCGAAGAGGGUCAUAUUUAUUCAUUGGCUGCAUCUGGUGAUCUUCUGUAUACAGGUUCUGAUAGCAAGAAUAUAAGGGUUUGGAAAAAUCAGAGGGAGUUUUCGGGGUUUAAAUCGAAUAGUGGAUUGGUUAAAGCAAUUGUGAUUUCUGGUGAAAGAAUAUUUACAGGCCAUCAAGAUGGGAAAGUAAGGGUAUGGAAGAUAUCUUCCAAGGAUCCAACUGUUCAUAAACGUCUAGGGACCUUGCCAACUAUGAAGGAUUACUUCAAGAACUCGAUGAAAACAAGCAACUUUGUUGAAGCUAGACGCCAUAAGAAUGCGGUAUGGUUCAAACAUUACGAUGCCAUUUCAUGUCUUAGCUUGAGCGAAGAUAAGACAUUUCUUUAUUCAUCAUCAUGGGACAAGACUUUUAAAGUUUGGAGAAUAUCCAAUUCCAGAUGCCUUGAAUCAGUCAUUGCUCAUGAUGAUGCUGUUAAUUCAAUCGUUGCCGGAUACGAUGGCCUAGUCUUCACAGGAGCGGCAGAUGGAACUGUCAAGGUUUGGAGGAGAGAAUUACAAGGGAAAGGAACCAAACAUUUCUUUUCACAAACGUUGUUGAAACAAGAAUGUGCCGUUACGGCUGUGGCGGUUAAUCCUGAUGCCACCGUUGUCUACUGUGGCUCAUCAGAUGGGCUUGUUAACUUCUGGGAACGUGAAAAGCAUAUGUCUCACGGUGGUGUUUUGAGAGGUCACAAAUUGGCUGUUCUAUGCUUAGUUACAGCAGGGAACCUUGUGUUUAGUGGCUCGGCUGAUAUGGGAAUAUGUGUGUGGAGGAAGAUGGGAAGUGAUCACAUAUGUUUGUCAUUGUUAACAGGCCAUAAUGGACCUGUUAAGUGCUUGGCAGCAGAGAAAGAACAUGAAUCUGCGUCGACGAACGAAAGGCGAUGGAUUUUGUACAGUGGUAGUCUCGAUAAGUCUGUGAAGAUGUGGAGAGUGUCUGAAAACGCACCUCCAAUGGCAUGGAAAGGAUGUGCUAGUAGUGCUCCUACCGCCAUGCCAAGCUCAAUGCCAGCAGCUCCAAGCUUCUCAGUUCAGAGCAGGAAUAUUCACGACCUUCCGAACUAG